AUGGUGUUCAUGCACUUUAUCGACGUUAUAAUAGAGUCUGCUAUCGUCGAUAUAUACGCCACACUGAACGAAGCUUGCGAAAAUAUUUGUGAACUGUUCGCCACGCGCAUCGAGGAUAGCUUCAUCUCUAACAUCACACAUCCGGAGGCUGUUGCUUCCGCACUCGUGAACACUCCGGCAGAUGCAAUUCAUGUCACGCUACCUAUCGUCACCGAGACCCUGGUUACCCAAAAAAUCGAGUGUCUCAAGCCGUCAUACUCCGAGGGGCCAGAUGGAACCUUUCCAUCACUGUGGAAGGUCUCAUGGCUAACACCCAUCCACAAAAAGGGCAGCAACAACGAAGCAGUGAACUAUCGAGGUAUUACCUAUUUAGCUGCCUGCGCCAAAGUGUUCGAGCUCCUCAUGUAUGAACCAUUAAUAGCAUCUGCCGGCAAAUACAUCAGCACCAACCAACAUGGAUUCAUGCCUAAGAGAUCAACUACGACAAAUCUGAUGCAAUUCGUUAGCGGCUGUUAUAAGUCCAUUGAUGAUGGUAUGCAGGUUGAUGCCAUUUACAGGGACAUUAAGGCGGCUUUUGACAGUGUGUCCCACAAAAUUCUUCUGGCAAAACUUGAUAGACUUGGAUUAUCACCACCCCUGGGCAGCAACCUGGGGCAUCUGUUGUUUCUGCUCUACAUAAACGACUUGUGCACGGCACUCCCGGAUAAUAGUUGUGUGGUGUUCGGCACCACUGGUGGUGUUGCGCUCCUGGCUGCGUUUCCGAAUUCACCACUUUCGAGCGUCACACUGUGGUAA